AUGGAGCCAUUGAACUCCAUAAUUGCUGAUGAGCCACAGUCAGUGAACGCAAAUGUUGAGGCCUCUCAAACCAACACUGAUGGGCUCGGCACACCUGCGCCAGACUCGAUAGGCCCAGACAAUGUGGUCAACAGUGUCUCUCAAACAGACAGCCGGUCCGAGAUCUGUGUUUCUCCCUCCUGGCAAACGGAUAGAGAGAGGAGGGAGAGAAAAAAGGAAUUAAAACGGAUCGCCAAGGAGAAGAAAGAGUUGGAACGGUCAUCGAAAUCCGAGCGAAGUUCAUUCAAUGAGCCACGACGGUUAACAAAAAAGCAACCUUCCAAGACACCCAGCAGAGCGUCGAGUAUCAAGAGCAUCCUUCCACGCUCGUCAACUGCUCCAUCAAUUUUGGGAUUUUGGUCCAAUAGCACAUCGAAGCCCAACUCUACUCGAGAAAAACAUGGCCUCGACGCGUCAACCCCUGAAGGAACUGGCAGGAAGCAGGAUGAUUCACCAGAACAUACAAAGCCUCUAUUUACCGGUCACCUGCCACAGCGUUUUGGAGGAAAAAUAACCCGAGACCCAGAAUAUGAUAAAACCUCGUCUCGUGCUUUCGAUUCGGACUCGUCACCAUCCACACCAGUGUCUCCUCCUGAUAAGCCAAGACGCCACCUUCAUAUGGCUAAGAAACAUACGGACUUACGUGCUGCAGCAAAGGCAUUUCAAUCUGCGGACAUCAUUUCCCCAAAUACUAAUACAGCACCUCCUAGAUCGUCCUGGAGUCAGGAGCUUACCCGCCGGCUAUCAAAUUCUAACGGAAGGAAGCUCCAACUUGUCGAGCCCCACGAGAAUAUUGGCCCCCCGGAUCCCUCAUCCAGUCAACAAGAUCAUGAAGCGUCUAAUCCUCAACACACUGAAAAUAAUGCAAACCGUUCAAGUGAACAGCAAGAAACGUCAUCAACUAUUUCGAUGAUAUCCCCUUCCAACCGUACACAAAAGACAACGUACAGGCCUACAGAGAGUCACCGUAAGCAUGGACGAAGUCAUUCAUGGAGUGAAAUAUUAACCUACUCUGAUCGGAUCGCCGGGGUCUCUCUAAAGCGCCGCGCUCAUGGUCGGGAAUCUUCUCAUAUAACAGUGAACGGGGACGUGGAAGAGUUCAAAACUAGUGGACCUUACGAAUCCAACUAUGGGCCCAGUGCGGCGUUCAGAAGCCAUGCUGCUCAAUCUGACCCUUCUCUCUCACCAGCUAGCUGGCUUGUCACACCUGAAAAUAUAGGCGCUGCUGGAGAUUUUCCGCAGGUGCAACCUGAAUCUUUUCCGAAUAUGACACCAACAGAACUACCGAUCGAUCCAAUUGAUACCCCAGAAACGGCAACGAUAACCGAUUCCCCCAACAUGGAGCUAGCGGUGAUUGCUCCUAGCUUGAGACAACGUGAAAACCCCAUGCGAAUACCACCAAAAAUAAUAAAUCGUGACGUCCCAUUUAAAUCCUCCCCAUUAGCCGGACCGCCUCUGAAUAACCAAGACGAAGAAAGUACUAUGGAAUCAGGGAAUAUACCUAACGAGGGAGGUGCUGGCGCCUCUUCCAAAUCAAACCAUGAAAAGUUAGGGUUCUCUUUCUCACGGAUCUUGAGACAUGGGAGCAAGAAAGAAAAGAAUUCGGCUGGCUUCAGUCGACGUUAUUCGAUGAAAGGUAAACUGGUAAACACAACUGGUAAGGCAAAACUACCAAAAGUGACGGUGUCCGGAUCAAAUGUGUUGCAGAAGCAACAAGAUACUUCCGAGUUGUCCAGCUUUGCGGGAUCCAAGCCAGAAAUUACAUCACGGCCUACCAGUGCAUCUUCCAGACAGCUUAACCUCUGCCCCCCAGCCAGCAAUGAUAUGUUAAACGACAUCAAAAUCCCUCCCAAGUCCCCCAAACGCAAUAGUGGAAUAUUCCCAACUCCAACCAAUACUCGCCCUAGCUCUGCCAGUGGCGUAGAAACUAUGAGCAUUUCGAGCAAUGGAACUGAGACACCAGGGAAAAAGAAACGCUCCAUCUCGAUAGACAUCAGCAAGAAUCACAUACCCCACGGCCCAGGGAAAGAGCGAUCUAUUCUUAAGCCUUCCUCUGGCCACGCAUCUCCUACCCUAUCUUCAAACAACCAGUCAACUACGAUAACCUCCUCAUUUCCCCCUACAAAGCAAGCGACUACUAAUUCAUUGACAUCCAGCGAUUCCCACCUCAAGGCCUCUGAACGACACCACCAAAUCCCAUCAGGGCCAACUUUCGACUCCCGCCCUGAUUCAUCCAGCAGGCGAAGCUUUGCCAGUAACUUUGGAAAUGGUCGGGUCUCAGUUCAACACCCUGCCCGGAGGGGGACACCUGUUGCCAAGAUGUUCGUGAUCUGCUGCCAGUGUAGAUACUGGCAUGACAUGCCAUCAGACGUCUAUGCUAAACUUGCCUUCCCCAACGGUCCCCCACCCAUCGAGCACAUGAUAACCGAUGAUAGCCACAGUCCGCACCAACAUCAGCACCCGAUGGCCAGCAGUGGGUUCGUUGCGCAUGGUGGAGGUAGCAGUAGUACCUUCACCGAAACAAGUUCAGGGGGAUCCAAUAAUGCACCAGAUAAUAAAUCGCCGCGAUGUUCCCGCCCCUCGUCCUCCAGCUCUUCGUCUUCGAAUAACUUCACAGUAACAUGCUGCUGGUGCGCACAUCGGAUGGUUAAAACUUGCUGUGCCGGAUGGACUACCAUUGUCUAUCUCCAUGAGCGACACCACUGA